AUGUCGGGUCAUCAGCCCUCCCAAACAUAUAGUGAAGCACUCGCCAGAGCCAUCAGAGCAGAGGUGUACUUACAGAAGGAGACCAGAUUAGCUCUUUCCCCAACAGUGGCAAGUAGUCCUCUCCAGCUUGGCCAAUCCAGUAGUGCAGAACAAGUUGUUGGCAAAGACGAUAAGGGUAAAGGCAAGAAAAGAGUUCUAACUAAAGCCAAAAGGAAGGACAUGAAGAAAAAGGGCCAACAAAGGAAAGGUGAGGUCAGUUACUGUAAGAAAUGUUGGAGAAGACACCGGGGUGAAUGUCUAGUAGGGACCAAUGUUUGUUUCAGGUGCCACCAGCCAGGUCAUAUUACUAGAGAUUGCCCCAUUGGUUCUGCAACUUCAGUACCUGCAGUUGGAGGCACGACAGCCAGGGUAUAUAAUAUGGCCCAGAUGCAGGCAGAUGCCAGCCCUUCAGCAAUCAGUGGUCAGUUAUUAUUCCAUGAUACUCCCUUGUAUGCCUUGAUUGAUUCUAGUGCUACUCAUUCAUUCAUCUCCUAUGGUAUGAUUAAAAGAUUAGGGUUAAUGCCUAUUAGAAUAGAACAAGCCAUUAAGAUUGAAUUGCCUGAUGGUGAGGGUGUAGUGACCUAUGAAGUCUUAAUGGGGGAGUUAGUGACUAUUAAAGGCCGAGAUAUGAUGGUAGAUUUGAUUGUCUUCAAUAUGCCAAACUUUGACAUCAUUCUUGGGAUGGACUUUCUUAGUAGAUAUGGAGCAGAGAUAGACUGUCGUAGGAAAAAAGUCAAGUUUAAUCUAGACAAUGGGGAUAACUUCAUUUUUGGAGAAGGGCACCCAACUAGCAUGAUGAUUAGUGCAGCAAAAGCUAGAAAGAUGUUGAAAAUGGGGUAUGAAUUGCCAGGUUUACCUCCAGAAAGGGAAGUAGAGUUUAGUAUAGAACUAGCCCCCGGUAGAGCACCUAUUUCUAAGGCUCCUUAUCGCAUGGCCCCAGCUGAGCUCCAAGAGUUGAAGAAGCAAGUUACAAGAGUGGUUAGACAAGGGCUUUAUCAGGCUGAGUCAUUCCCCAUGGGGUGCUCCAAUUCUAUUUGUGAAAAAGAAAGAUGGAUCUAUGAGGAUAUGUAUAGAUUAUCGUGA